GAGGGGGGUGGGAGAUGCUCUUCUGGCUCGGUCGUCGAGGAGACAGAUUGAAGAGCAACGAGCGGAGCGGCCGGAGCACCUGGCGGCUCUCCAUCCUCUCCCGGCUCCGUCCUCCUCCGCCGCCCGAGCACCUGGCGGCUCUCCAUCCUCUCCCGGCUCCGUCCUCCUCCGCCGCCCGAGCACCUGGCGGCUCUCCAUCCUCUCCCGGCUCCGUCCUCCUCCGCCGCCCGAGCACCUGGCGGCUCUCCAUCCUCUCCCGGCUCCGUCCCCCUCCGCCGCCCGAGCACCUGGCGGCUCUCCAUCCUCUCCCGGCUCCGUCCUCCUCCGCCGCCCGAGCACCUGGCGGCUCUCCAUCCUCUCCCGGCUCCGUCCUCCUCCGCCGCCCGAGCACCUGGCGGCUCUCCAUCCUCUCCCGGCUCCGUCCUCCUCCGCCGCCCGAGCACCUGGCGGCUCUCCAUCGUCUCCCGGUCCGGUCGGCAGAGGAUCUGUCCGCGAUCGGUCACCAAUUCUGCGGGGACCUGAUCGGUGACUGGAGCCGUGAUACCGGGUCCCUGCCGGUCAGAGCCGAGCACCUCAGCGGUCACCGGUGACAGUACCCAUAGACCCCCGAUCAGGAGCGAGCCCCGGCCCGGAGCACAUGAUGAAUUACCUGCGGCGCCGCCUGUCGGACAGUAACUUCAUGGCCAACCUGCCCAACGGCUACAUGAGCGACCUGCAGCGUCCGGACCACCCCGCCCCGCCGCCCGCAGUCUCCCCGGCAGUGUCACCGGAGCCCAGCGCCGGGGGAGGCGGCGGCGGCUUCUUCUCCUCCCUGUCCAAUGCGGUGAAGCAGACCACGGCCGCCCUCAGCGAGCAGGUGUCCACGGCGGCCGGGGGGGUGUCCGGGGCGGCGGCCAGAGGGGCCAAGGUGCUGCUGGUGGUGGACGAGCCCCACACCGACUGGGUGAAAAUUUUUAAAGGGAAGAAAAUUGGCGGAGAGUUUGACAUCAAAGUUGAGCAAGCGGAGUUCGCCGAUCUGAACCUGGUGGCCCAUUCUAACGGGACCUUCUCCGUGGACCUGGAGGUCAUGAGAAAUGGCGUGAAGGUUGUCAGGUCUCUGAAGCCGGACUUUGUCCUCAUUCGUCAGCACGCGUUCAGCAUGGCACGAAACGGCGAUUUCCGUAGCCUGGUGAUCGGACUGCAAUACGCUGGCGUCCCGAGCCUCAACUCUUUGCACUCAGUGUAUAACUUCUGUGAUAAACCCUGGGUGUUUUCUCAGCUGGUUCGUCUGCAGAGGAAACUAGGACACGAGGACUUCCCUCUGAUCGAGCAAACGUACUACCCCAACCACAAGGAGAUGCUGACCGCCUCUAAGUUUCCCGUGGUGAUAAAGAUGGGUCACUGUCAUUCCGGUAUGGGAAAGGUGAAGGUGGACAACCAGUAUGACUUCCAGGACAUCGCCAGUGUGGUCGCCCUAACAAAAACCUAUGCCACGUCUGAACCAUUUAUUGAUGCCAAGUAUGAUGUCCGCAUCCAAAAAAUUGGAAACAAUUACAAAGCCUACAUGAGAACAUCAAUUUCUGGAAACUGGAAAACCAACACCGGUUCAGCCAUGUUGGAGCAGAUAGCGGUGUCGGACAGGUACAAGCUCUGGGUGGACACCUGCUCAGAAGUAUUCGGGGGUCUUGACAUCUGCGCUGUGGAGGCGCUGCACGGUAAAGACGGCAAGGACCAUAUCAUAGAGGUUGUCGGCUGCUCUAUGCCUCUGAUCGGUGACCAGCAGGAGGAGGACCGCCACCUGAUAGCCGACCUGGUUGUUACCAAGAUGGCCCAGACCCUUCAGUGCAGCUCAUCCCCAAGCCGCUCCAUGCACGCACAGCCGCCCCAGGCUCAACCUGUUCACUCCCGGUCCGGCACCCCCGUCCAGCAGCAGAGACCUUCUCCACAAGGGGGUCCUCCGGCGGCACAGGGUCCUCAACGUCAGGGACCUCCCUCUCAGCAGAGGCCUCCACCUCAAGGACAACCGCUUCAAGGAUUAGGUCCUCAGCCAUCACAGCACCCACCAAACCUCCCCAGCCCCGGGGCACAGCAGCGUCAAAUGAUCCCCCCUCAGCAGCAACCACUGCCGCAGCAGCAGCCGUUGCCUCAGCAGAUGAGGGCCCAGCAACAGCCUUCACCCCGCCAAUCUCAAUCCCCCCAAAGGCAGCCAAGCCCACAGUCACCCCAACGUCAGCAGCAGGCUCCCCCUAUGCCAGCCGGCCCUAAGCCAAUGGGUGUCCAGCCCCCUCAGCCUCGGCCCCCCGGACCUCCAAGGCAGCCAGUUCCUCCAGGACCCCAGCAGAAGCCUCCACCUCCCACCCAUCAACAACAGCACGGCAUCCGCCAACCAGGACAGCAGCCACCACCACCGCAGCAGCGGCAGUCAGCUCCGGGCGGACCCCAGCAACAGCCACCCCAGCAGCCGCCCCAACCACAACAGCCGCCACAACAACGACCAAUGACCCAGCAGCCCAGGCCUAACCAGCAAGGACCUGGGCAGGGUUCACGUCCUGGUGGGCCCCAAAAGCCUCAAUUGGCUCAGAAGCCGGGCCAAGAGCUGCCCCCACCCCAGCCGCAGCUGAAUAAGUCCCAGUCCCUCACCAACUCCUUCACCCUUGCAGACUCACCAGCUCCACGUUCCAGUCUUAGUCACGACGAGGUGAAAGCCGAAACGAUCCGCAACCUGAGGAAAUCCUUCGCCAGUCUCUUCUCAGACUGAACGGGAUCCAUUGUUCCCACGUUUCCUAUAUCUCUCCCAAAAAACCCAGCAUCGCGGCUCUAUGUAUUACCCGCUCCCUUCACCUGUGUGCACGGCUUAACAUCUUGAGAAACAAAAAAAAAAACUAACAAAAAAAAAACGAUAAAAAAAGAUAAGUAAAACUACGCCGACGAAGAGGUAGAUAUGGAGAGGAGACCAAUCGUAAGAUCACGGGAGGAAGAGACAAGGCUACGAAACAACGGCUGCAGAUUAUCGCACGGAACAGCAGAGCCCACAGCUCCCGCCACGGUAGAAUCCAUAGGGCCUUCUUAGAGGAUGCAUGAUACGAGGGCGACCGCUCACACAGCUGUAUCCUGGCAGGACCGUGGGUGCGGGCACGAGUCCUCCGUGUACAUAAGUGUAUACAAACGCACAUCCAUGGGGAUCCCCCUGCCGGAGUCUGUGGCCGUGCCGCUCAUUUUGUACUUGUUGUAUGUGUUCUUUUCUGCGCUCUCCUCCCAGACCCUCUCGGUAUCUAUCCCUCCUGGUUCCGUCCGAUGCUCAGUUCUUUUGAAACGUGGUGUGUUGCGGUGUUCCUGCCUGUGAUCCCCCCCCCCCCCCAGAUAUUAUGUUGACAUCCCUCCCACCCCUCACCAUCAAGGCUUUGCUCCCUAAUUUUGUGUUAUCUCUCCCCUCCCCCCCCCACUUCCCGUUGUGUCCCCCUCCAUUUCAGGUCUAUUUUUACGUGUGACGGUAACGCUGUUGUAACGUGUGUGCCCUAACGCUUGCCGUGCGGUUACUAUCGUGAUAUGAUUGUUCUAAGUAUUCAGAGUAAUAUAUUAUAUUAUGACUAUAUUAAAAAAAAAAAAGAGAGAGAACUUAUUCUACGGCCCGCACAGAGCGGGCGCCAUGACAUGUGUGUGUAAACGUGCGUCAGCGUUUGUGUGCAAAUGUGAAAAAAACAAAACCCUUACACCAAAAGGGGGCAAGAAAAUGUGAUGUGUCCAUAUUAAACUAUUCUCUGAAAGCAAAAAGAA